CUUCUCUCCACCUCCACCACGGCCCUUUCCUCUUUGCUUUGGCUCUCCCCCCACAUCAAAAACUUUAGGCGAGAGAGAGGUAGAAAUGGUUCAGCGACUGACGUACCGGAAACGGCACAGCUAUGCUACCAAAUCAAACCAGCACCGGGUAGUCAAAACCCCAGGAGGAAAGUUGGUUUACCAGACAACAAAGAAGAGAGCAAGUGGUCCUAAGUGCCCUGUUACUGGGAAGAGGAUUCAAGGGAUUCCUCACUUGAGACCUGCUGAAUAUAAGAGGUCAAGAUUGGCAAGAAACAGGAGGACUGUGAACCGGGCUUAUGGUGGUGUCUUGUCUGGUAGUGCUGUCAGAGAAAGGAUUAUUCGAGCCUUUUUGGUUGAAGAACAAAAGAUCGUGAAAAAGGUCUUGAAGAUUCAGAAAGCAAAAGAAAAGCAAGCCUCUAGAAGUUAAGAUUGAAAUGUCCAAUGACUUGGACAUUUUGUCGAAACAGCCAAUGUUAAUGAGCCUUGAAAUGUAUUGAGGGUAUUCCAAUUUGAAUUUGUAUUUUGUUUUGGCUCUUGUGAACUAUGCUUUCUAGUCAUCCAUUUUCAAAGUUGUCUACAAAGAAUUGUGCAAUUUUGUAUGUGUUAUUAUUUAUCUUUGAUGCUUUCUUGAACUUAUUUCUUGGUUGACGUGUAACUCAUACUGGAUUAUUUACAAAUUGUAUCAGAUUGUUAGAUAA